UUGAGGGAAAUGAGGACGCUUGAAUGUAGGCGGCUUCUUGUGCCUGAUAUUUUCCUGAGCGUUUAUUCUUCACAGCCGGGGAAGAGUGCAUGAAAAGACUUGGGUGCUUGACAUAAUUUAUUUUUAUUUUUAAGCUAUAAUCAAGGGUUUGAGGCAGGGAAGAUGGCACAUGACCACAGCAACCAUAACUACAACAUGGCUUCCACAACCAGCACGCACUCUCCAGCAGAUCACACCACGAAUCACGGAUCUGGAGACCACGGACACAUGAUGAUGCAAAUGACUUUUUACCUUGGUUACAAAAAUGUCGAGCUGCUGUUUGCUGGCCUGGUUAUCAACACACCUGGAGAGAUGGUAGGUGCCUGUAUCGGAGUGUUUCUAUUGGCUGCGUUCUACGAGGGACUGAAGAUCGGACGUGAGGUCCUGCUGCGGAGGAACCAAAUCAGCGUACGCUACAACUCCAUGCCAGUUCCCGGCACUGAUGGGACCGUGCUCAUGGAGACGCACAAAACAGUCGGACAGCGGAUGCUGAGUCUGGCUCACGGUUUCCAGACGAUACUUCACAUCAUCCAGGUGGUGAUCAGUUACUUCCUCAUGCUGGUGUUCAUGACCUACAACGGCUACCUGUGCAUAGCCGUGGCACUGGGAGCCGGCGUGGGUUACUUCCUGUUCAGCUGGAAGAAGGCAGUAGUGGUGGACAUUACAGAACACUGUCAUUAAGCCUCUAAUCGGUCACGUCCUUUCUCUUCCUCCUCACAUACACACAAAUACACACUUAUGGAGCAAAAAUAUGGAAGAAAAAAAAAUCAACACCACAAACAUACCAUAGAAAUACCCGGAAAUGAAUAAGUUAUAUCUCUUUGAACCUGUAUCACUCUGAAGGCACAAAACUGGUGUCAGGAUGCUAGUUAGUGUCAUUUUAAAGAUUUUUUUUUCCCCUGUACCCUGAAAUUGAUCCAGUUUUGCCCCAGCCAGUUGCCAUCAAUGUGAACACAUUCAGGAUCAUCAUGACCCUCGCCCAAUCAUAUUUUCUUACUCCUUUAUUUAUAAUGCAUAGCUUUAAAUUCUACCUCUUAAUUAGUAAAAUUAUCACAUCUCUGGGCGUUGAAGGGAUACCCAACUAAACCUUUUGCCUUAAAACAGAAAUAUUUACAAGGAGGGAAUAGUACAUGGUGACAUACUAUAAGAUUUAUUGACUAUCAAAAAAAAAAAAAGAAGGAGUGUUAUGUAUUUUACAAACAAUACAAGUAAUUAUGAUGGAUCUGUGCUGUGGUUAAGAGAUCUAAUUGAAAAUACACCACAAAGUGUCUUUUUUUUUUUUUUUUUUUUUUUAAUCGUAAUAGCUGAAAUAGCAGACGUUAAUUAUUGUAAGGAUAUCAAAACUCUAAUCAGUGACCGGCUCAGGCAGAACGCUGCAGUGCAGCACUGAAUUAUCAAACACUCACGUUAAGAGAGGGAGAGGAAAAGAGAUCAUGCCAUCUGCCCGGCUUUGGCACUCUGUUUACAAAGCUGAAACUGAAAUUUACUCCAUGUGGAGUGUUUUUUUUUUUUUU